UUGCUCCGCCGCGCAUGCGCAGGAAGGGCCGGGGCGCGGCGGCGCGGGGUUCGGUGGCCGGGCCCGCGGGGCGGGGGCGCGCAUGGCGGCGGGGCUGCGCCAUGUUGCGGUGGCUCGUGGCGGUGCUCAGUCACUCGUGUUUCGUUCCCAAAGGCCACAGCAUGUUCUACGCCGUGCGCAGGGGCCGGCGGACCGGCGUGUUCCGCACCUGGACGGAGUGCCAGGAGCAGGUGAACAGGUUCCCCUCCGCCAGCUUUAAGAAGUUCGCCAUCGAGGAGGACGCCUGGGCCUUCGUGCGCGCCGGCCUGCCGGGGCAGCGGCAGCCGCAACAGCCCGAACCCGCAGAGAUACAUGGUCCUUCAGCUGUAACACAGGAAAAUGUUAGCCAGAGAGAGGAACCAGAAUUAAACGCCUUGUGUUGCAAUGCCUGUAAAAGGCCGUAUGAACAGUCUACAAAUGAAGACCACAUUGCAAAACGUGUAAAACAUGAAGUAUACUCAGCGCCAACAGUCAGUGAAGAUAAGUUUUCAUAUAUGGGUGACUUCGCAGUCGUUUAUACAGAUGGUUGUUGCUCAGGUAAUGGACGUAAUAGGGCACGUGCUGGUAUAGGUGUCUACUGGGGACCAGGCCACCCUUUAAAUACCAGUGAAAGACUUCCUGGGCGGCAGACUAAUCAAAGAGCAGAAAUACAUGCAGCCUGCAAAGCAAUAGAGCAAGCAAAGAGUCAAAACAUCAAGAAACUAAUUAUCUACACUGAUAGCAAGUUCACUAUUAAUGGUAUUACAAGCUGGGUUGACAACUGGAAAACAAAUGGCUGGAGAACAAGUUCUGGAGGAAGCGUAAUAAAUAAAGAAGAUUUUGAAAGACUUGAUAAUCUAUCAAAAGGCAUAGAAAUUCAGUGGAUGCAUGUUCCCGGUCAUGCUGGUUUCCAAGGCAAUGAAGAAGCCGACAGACUAGCAAGAGAAGGAGCUAGUAAACAGAAGUCCUGAUGCACUGGGACUAGAGACUGUUGCAGUGGGAGGAAAAGGACUAAUGUCACAGUGACAACUUGAAAUGCUAUAAUUGCUUCGGAGUUGAACUUUGAACUGUACUUCUUUCUGGUCUGAAGUGUUAAAUAUAUACCAGACUUCUAGGAGAAAAAUACCCACACGUGUUCUUCAACAGCAUUUGUUCUACAAUUGAAUCAAUAUCUAGUUAAUGAUACAGGGUGUCUGCUUUUGCUCCAUCUUCCUGAAGGGCCGUAGUCAGUGUUUUUAGUUGUCUUGUAGACUUCAGAAUUCACUGUAAAGGCAGACGUCUGAAGAAGUGAUAUUAAAUCUUUAUCUUAAGUCUUCUGUAUUUUCAUCUUAGUGAAAUAAAUUAUAACUACUUUUUUUU